AUGGCUACUGAGUUGACCGUUCAAUCCGAGAGAGCUUUCCAAAAGCAACCACACAUCUUCACCAACCCAAAGGCUAAGGCCAACAGAAAGACCAAGAGAUGGGUCAAGGAUGUCGGUUUGGGAUUCAAGACCCCUAAGUCCGCCAUCGAGGGUUCUUACAUUGACAAGAAGUGCCCAUUCGUCGGAGACAUCUCCAUCAGAGGUAAGAUUUUGACCGGUACUGUCGUGUCCACCAAAAUGCACAGAACCAUCAUCAUCAGAAGAGACUACCUCCACUUCGUCAAGAAAUACAACAGAUACGAGAAGAGACACAAGAACGUUGCUGUCCACGUCUCUCCAGCCUUCCGUGUUUCCGAGGGUGACGUUGUCGUUGCCGGUCAGUGUAGACCUCUUUCUAAGACCGUUAGAUUCAACGUGUUGAAGGUUGCUGUGUCUGCUUCCAAGUCCAAGCAAUUCUCCAAGUUCUAA